CUCCGGGUAAGUGCCUCCCCUGGGGCUGUAUUGUAAUAAGAUAGUCCAAAAUAGUUCGUGGAAUACAUCUCGAUGUAUUGAAUCGCAUUGCGAAAACAAGCUACUUCUUCGCAUUGCGCGUCAUGCGAGAGUAUUCAAACCGGACUCGGUGUACUGCCUUUUCUGUUACAUUAGUAAUAACAGCAGCAUUGACUGGAGACAGCAGGAGUGCAAGACAACGCUUGUAUGAGUGCAGCGCCAACGGAGGAAUAUUUGAGUUUUUAUUUACUCUACGGCUUGUUGUUCAUUUUUUUUUCUGCUUUAUGGUUACUUGUACAGUCACGUGUGAAGAUUUCUUGAAGCUGAAAGAACACCAACUUCUUCUCACGUGGUGGCUCUUGUUUUCCUGGAGGAAAUAAACCUGCGUUUUGACAUCUCUGGACUGGAUUCCUUCCCCUCCUGAGACAGACGGACAACAAACACACGUUUUCACCCUCGGGGAUGAAAUAUGCAACGGAUGUAAGAAGGGCCGCCACGUUCUGAAGUCCAAAGUGGUUUUAAGUCAUGAUGCAGGAGUCGGCCACAGAGACAAUAAGCAACAGUUCAAUGAGUCAAAAUGGAAUGAGCAGCCUGAGCAGCCUAUGCAGCCAAUUAGAUGCUGGCAGUAGAGAUGGAAGAUCAAGCGGUGACACGAGCAGCGAAGUAAGCACAGUCGGGCUGCUGCAUCUCCAACAACAGCAGGCCCUACAAGCAGCGAGACAAUUACUCUUACAACAGCCAGGCAGUGGCCUGAAAUCUCCAAAGAACAAGGACAAACAGCGUCCACUGCAGGUGCCAGUGUCGGUGGCCAUGAUGAGUCCCCAGGUGAUCACCCCCCAGCAGAUGCAGCAGAUCCUCCAGCAGCAGGUCCUAUCCCCUCAGCAGCUCCAGGCCCUGCUCCAACAGCAGCAGGCUGUGAUGCUGCAGCAGUACUGUGCGAGGCCAUUUAAAGUCCAUAUGGAGAAGACAUGGCGGGAGAGCGAGACUACACAACAUCUGCAGGAGUUUUAUAAGAAGCAACAGGAGCAGCUACACCUGCAGCUUUUACAACAGCAGCAUCCUGGAAAGCAAGUAAAAGAGCAACAGCAGCAGCAGCAGCAGCAGCAGCAUCAGCAGCAGCUUGCCACCCAGCAGCUCGUCUUCCGGCAGCAACUCCUCCAGAUGCAACAGCUCCAGCAGCAGCAGCACCUGCUCAACAUGCAGCGCCAGGGCCUGCUCUCCCUGCCCCCAGCCCCAGGACAGGCAGCCCUCCCCGGGCAGACCAUGCCACCAGCUGGACUGAGCCCAGCGGAUCUCCAACAGUUGUGGAAGGACGUGACCGGCGGCCACAACAUGGAGGACAACGACAUCAAACACGGCGUCGGCGGCCUGGACCUGACCACUACCAACUCCUCCUCGACUAACUCCUCCACCCCUUCUAAAGCGUCACCCCCCAUCUCCCACCACUCCAUCGCCAACGGCCAGUCUCCCGCACUCAAUUCCAGAAGGGAGAGGGAGCGAGAGAGGGAGCGGGAACGGGAGAGGUACGGAAACUCAUUACACGAUGAAAGCGGAGCCUCCCACUCCCUCUAUGGUCACGGGGUGUGCAAGUGGCCCGGCUGCGAGAGCGUCUGUGAGGACUUCGGACAGUUUUUGAAGCACCUUAACACUGAGCACGCUCUAGACGACAGGAGCACGGCCCAGUGUCGAGUCCAGAUGCAGGUGGUACAGCAGCUAGAGAUACAGCUUUCUAAAGAACGUGAGCAUCUUCAGGCGAUGAUGGCCCACUUGCACAUGCGGCCCUCGGAGCCCAAGCCAUCUCCAAAACCUCUGAACUUGGUAUCGAGCGUCACCAUGUCGAAGAACCUGCCGUCGGUGUCCCCUCCGAACGUACCUCAGACCCCCACCACGCCCAGCGCCCCCGUGACGCCCAUGUCCCAGGUGCCCCAGGUGCCCUCCCUGCUCAGCGCCGCCAACGUCCCCAGCAUGGGUGCCAUGCGCAGACGUCACUCCGACAAAUACUCCAUGCAACUGUCUUCAGGUGGUGACACAGUAUUUAUUUUUCCAGAGAUCGCCCCAAACUAUGAGUUUUAUAAGAAUGCCGAUGUCAGACCGCCAUUUACUUAUGCAACCCUCAUAAGGCAGGGUAUCAUGGAGUCCGGCGACAUGCAGUUAACGCUUAAUGAAAUCUACAGCUGGUUCACCCGCACGUUCGCUUACUUCAGACGCAACGCAGCUACUUGGAAGAACGCCGUUCGCCACAACCUCAGUCUGCACAAGUGCUUUGUGCGCGUGGAGAACGUGAAGGGGGCCGUGUGGACGGUAGAUGAGAUGGAGUACCAGAAACGCAGGUCUCAGAAGAUAACAGGGUGUAGAAGCCCGACGCUUGUGAAGAACCUUCCCUCCAGCCUGGGCUACGGAGCUGCUUUAAACGCCAGCUUACAGGCGGCGCUGGCUGAGACCUCCCUGCCUCUGCUGGGGAACCCUGGUCUGAUGAACAGCAGUUCGUCUGGUUUGAUGGGAGGCAGUCCUCAUGGUUUAAUGGGCGGGAGCCCCCCUGGUAUGCUCGGCGGUAGCCCCCAUGGAUUGAUGGGUGGUAGCCCACAUGGAUUCAUGGGCGGGAGCCCCCAUGGGUUGAUGGGUGGCAGCCCCCCAGGAAUGAUGGGUAGCAGCCCCCCCAGCCUGCUCCAGUCCGACUUGAACGGAUCGCUGGAUCACCUGGACACCAACGGCCACAGCAGCCCCGGAGGAUACUCCCCACAGGCACACAUGUCAGCGAUCCACGUCAAGGAGGAGCCGUUGAACAUGGACGACAAUGACUGUCCGAUGUCGCUGGUGACGACCGCCAACCACAGCCCAGAGCUGGACGACGACCGGGAGCUGGAGGAGGGCAACCUAUCAGAUGACCUGGAGUGACUACUGGAGUCCCUCCCACUACUACAGGCCCCUCCCUCCACCUCCGUCACACUGUCCUCCUGCCUGUUUCCUCACAGGCUGCCCUCCUAGAACCUGCUAAUACCAGAACCACUCCUCACCCAGAACCAAACAGAUCAGACCACAGCUGACUCUCCUCCCUCCCGACCCGCGGACUGGAGUAUUUAUUGAGCAUGCAUCCGGAAGACGAGGCCCAAAGGAACUCUUUGUUGCAGCCCUUUGGGAUCCCUGACUGAACAUGACAGGCAUGAGAUGUCUGGUUUUUAAAACGACUUUCAGACCUGUUUCAUGAAGAUGGCUUGGCCACUACAUACACACCGACAAACACAGAGGCUCAUGGACGGAAAAGGACAAAAACACGAGUCUAGAAACCCGUUCUGUAGAAAGCUAACGGCCUCUUAUAUACUGCCAAAAAAAGAUGUUGAAUUUUGUGAAUAUCAAAAACCCUCACAGUAGUUGUUGAUGUUAGAAACAAUUGCUGGUUCAAUUCAAACGUUGUUGCUCUGUCCAUCAUUUGCACAGGAGUAGUAUCAGAAAUUAGUGUCACUGCCUGUAUGUUGCUUAAAAAAAAACACAAAAAAAUGUAUUUUCUUUUCUUUUUGCGUUCUACUUUUUGUAUUUUGAUUUCUGGCACCACCAACUGUAAAUGCCAUUUCCUAUUUCCCAACAGUAACAGAAGCACGGUAUCAAGACUGGUGCAGCUGUCAAAAAAGUAAGCUUCCAGUCUGUAUCUGUUUGUGAUGAAAAGUAAUUCACGUGACAUUAAGUUUGAAAAACGUACCUGUUUGUGUAAGCACCAACCAACACGGGGACAGAAAUGCAUUUCUGCAUAUUCUUCUGCUGUUCUCUUUUACCUCCUUGUUCUAAAGCUUUGUCUACCUGCAAACAGUCACAGGCAACAGCUAGAAACCAAAGCCAACACUAUCAAUGGCCAAUAGCUUAGACAGAAGCCACCAGACUCUUUGGUCAGCCUUCUGUGACUUUAACUAGUACAAAGAGACGCUUUCCACAAACUACCUUCUAAGUAACCUCUGGGAUCGUUUCAUUUAGCCCUGUACAAAGAUGAUUCAAGAACAAAAAAUAAAAGAUUUUGAUGUGUAAUUUGAUAACUCGUAGUGUCCACUUGGGUUUUAGGGCGAGAGAGCAGUAUCUACCGGGACCAGAGCGAGGAGAGGAGAUGUGAUAUGUAACUACAAGCUAUGUGAUAGGUAGGGACUGGUAGAAAAGCAGCUGUACUGCAAACGUGGAUCAAUGACCAAAACAAACAUUUGUGUGUUCAAUGGAAGUGCAGAAAAUUGUGUUGUUGUGAAGAUUGUGUUUUUGGGGGAUUUCUUUGGUUUUGUUUUAGAUUUUCCGUCACCCAUCAGGUCAUAGUUUUUUUUUCUUCGAAUCGAGUGAAUAUGUCAUGUCUUAUUUCCACGCGGUUUGUUUUGAGCCGCGUUUAAAACCGAAACUGAAAACAUAGUAACCAAACAUUUAAAAUAUCUACUAAAGCCAAAUAAGUCAUAGUUUCAAAGUUGAUAUGAAAUGGUGUGGCUUGGUUAUCACGUAAAAGCAAAUAAUACAGCCAUUGUAGAAGCGGGAUAUCAAAGGUGAAAAGAAACAUUUUCUAGGUGAUAUUUGCUUUAUUCAAUGGUUUAAAUAAUUCAUCACUUAAUUCAUAGCUUCUUAACUACAUAGAUACAGUCAGUGGUAGCGUAGGAGAAGCUAUCUUUAACUGCACUGAAUUCUGUAUAGGGUAGGCAACUUGUAUAUCACAUUUGAGAUUCUAGUGGCAGGAACAGAACUUAGUGAUUGUCUAAAAAAAUAUAUAUUUCAUUUCUCUCAGCUAAAUGACAUCUAGAAAAGUGGAUGCUGUUGCUUUAAUGGUCAUUUCUGUUUUCAGUCAAACCAAAGUUACACAAAAUUCUGCCUCUGGUUAUGGGAUACUUAUGUUAUACUCUAGAAAUGACACACACAAACGCUUUCAAAGGCUCACACACACAAACGCUUUCAAAGGCUCACACACACACACACACACACACACACACACACACACACACACACACACACACACACACACACACACACACACACACACACACACACACACACACACACACACACACACACACACAGUCCUGUGUUUUCGCUCUGCCAGCUUUCCUGGUCCUUGUCUUGGUAGCUUUCAGAUGCAGAAUAACAGAUACUCUGAAAUAACUGACUGAGUCAUGUUGUAUUUAAACUGUCAGUGUGUGUCUGCUUUGUCCGUGUGUCUGGAAACAUACUCUGCAUAUGUUGUUUUCAAGUGUUGUGCCAAGCCCAAAAAAAGUUGGCUGCUAGAGCUUAGCGCACUACUACAUAGAUAACCAAACACACGUUACACACACACACACACACACACACACACACUCAUGCCAGUUCCACUUCAAGAGGGUGCUGGGCCCAGGAACAAAGCUUCUCCCUUAUGUACUUUGACGGAGUCAGCAAGAAAAUGACUUGAAGACGACGUUCAUAAUAAUCUUAUCACACCAAAUAUAAAGGACACGGCGUCUUUCAACAACAACAAAAAAGGAUUCUCCCACUUAACCCCAAAAAACGAAGGCUUUCUAUAACAAAAAAAGGUUCUACCUCUGCACAACCAAUUCAGAACAAUUAAAUGGCAGAUUGCACGUCGAGUUAUUAGAGAGCCACAAGAGCUGUUACACUUUACUCAAAUGGUCACGGCGCGACGGACAGUUUACAUUCCCGACGUCAGACACGGAAGAAGAUUAGUAAUUGUCAUAGGUUGUCCUCAAACAUUUGUAGAAUGAUCAUGUAAAAAAUACCUUUAAAAGGAAUAUUGUGUUUUAAAAUGCAUGUCUAAAAUCAUUUGGUUGGACUGGAAAACAAUCAUUAAUAAAUACAAAUAAUGUAAGAAAUACAGAUGAUCGGGAUGUUGACCUAAUGCAUCAGAAUGCACACCUCGGCUAUGCUGUUUGGGAAGGAAGAAACUGCCGGCCACAGAAUGCAUAUUACCUGUAGAUUUUGCAUGGGUUUUGUAAAAAUAAAAAUGUCUAAAAUAGUUGCUUGCACAUAAUACCAGAAAGAUCUCCAGAACUGCAAUCUGCUCCUCCACUAGAUUUUAGGAUUUGUCUGGAUUUUCUGGGAUGAUUUUGUCUGUAUUUUGAUAACUGUGCAUACUAAUGUAAAAAUGUUGGUGGACCCAUAAAAUUGACCAGACUUUUUUCUAAGCGGGGGAGAAAAAAGAAGAAUCAGUGUUUCUUUUCUGAAUUUCAUGAUUUUUUUUGUACCUCUCUCUCAGUGCUCGCUAAGAAUAGCAAACCUGCAUUUUUUUCCGCAUCAGCUUUGCGUAGCUGUAAGGCUUAACCUAAUGUGUGUAUUUAUUGCUUGUACCUCUGUGCAUACUUUAUGAAGCAUUAUGCCAGGCAGUUGAGUCCUGUAUACUUUCUACUACUAUCAUUCUCUAAUAAUUGGGAAUGUGACCCCCCCCCUCUAUGUAUACAGUAAAUUGGGACUGUAGCAAACUCAUGUUUAUGUAAUUGGUGAAUACAUUUUAUGUUUUUUGUUUGAUUCCUUUAUGGUCGAGCUCAUUUUUGAUACUUUCAUUACCGUGUACUGUGUCCAAUGCGAUAAAAGAUUCUCGGACAUUAGAAAGUCAUGGUUGAGAAUUGUAACAGCCGUUAUUCUUUUCUGUAUUCAUGGCUUUUCACUGCUGACUAAAAUAAAGGACCAAAACUAGGAUUUGAAAA